UAAAUACUUUUGUGUUUUUAUUAUUAAAUUUUUUUAUUAUUGAAAUUUUCAACUAUGCAGUUUUUAUGCAUAAUUUUCAUCCUUUUAAGUGCCAUAUAUACAAUAGAGGCUCGUUCACGACCAGCGGUUGAUAUUUGCAAUCGUCAACCUACCAUAAAUGGCCUUUGUGUGACAACCACUUUGGGCAUUUAUUAUGAUGCAGAAACGCAACGAUGCAAAUAUAUGGGCUGUAGUUCAAGUAAAAAACUUUUCGCCUCAUUAGAGGAUUGCGAGAAGAUCUGCAAUAGUAAGCGUCACACUCGUCGACGCGCACAAAUUUCCAAAACCUGAAUUCAAAAUAUCAAAUUGCUUUGAUUUUAUAAGUUUCGAGAGUAUUUUAGU